UCCUGUCUCAGUCGACUCACUUUGGACCCGAGAGCCUGCAGCUCCAGAGCUGGAAUCCGAGCAGAGCUGCAACGAAGCACAGACGGGACUUUGUUCAAAUCCAAUGAGUGAAAGCAAAUCCUUUGGACUCUUUGUGGGGUUCCUGCUCUGUGCAACAGGUGCCUCCUGUCCCAUUGAGUUGAGCCCCCCCAGUGUCGUGGUGAGAUAUGGAGACCCGGUUUCCAUCAACUGCAGCACAUCGGAUGGCCAUUCCGCAGAAAUGGGCUGGGAGGCCACAGUAGGAAGCACAAUUAUACAAAAUGUCCCCCAUGUGGCCUGGACUGUGGAGCGACUCAUCCAGACUGAUUAUGACGUCACAUCCAUAUGCUUCUACAACCCACCAUCGGGGGCCUCUUCUGAUCAGUGCAGCAAGACCUCAACGGUCGUAGUUUACACAUUCCCAGAAACCAUCGGCAUCAGUGGCCCGGGUGGUGUGAUGGUCGAAGGGGAGACGUGUCAAUUCACCUGUGACGUCCCCAAUAUAGCGCCUGUUCAAAACCUUACUGUCAAGUGGUACAAAGGAGAUGCAAUGAUCCAUGAAGACACUUUUAAAAAUGUGGGUGCCGGUAAGAAACCGGUGAAUCAGUCAUCUGUGCUGAACUUCACAGCGACCAGACAAGACAACGGAUUGACGGUCAGAUGUGAGGCACAUCUGGACCUGAGGCCAAAUGGACCUCAACUCAAUGCAUCUUCACAAGAGUUGAAAGUUACGGUUCACUUUGGACCAGAGGGGGAAUGCCUGUCUUUGGACAAACUGGAAUUACAGGAGGGAGACACGCUGGGGGGGCGAUGCCCCAUGACGGGACGACCUGAGCCCGACGUCAACUGGCUGAAAGACGGUCAGACCGUCGACCCGGCAGCACCUAUGAGCAGGACGGACGCAGGACGGUACACCGUCUCGGCAGAGAGUGCUUCCUUCGUCCGGAGGGAACUGACGGUUCACGUGUUGUAUGGACCAGAGUUUAAGUGUCCACACACUUACACAGCAGUGGAAAAUGCUCCUCACAUCCUGUCCUGCAAUCUGACGGGCUAUCCGCAGCCCGACAUCGUCUGGCGCAAAGAUGGCAAGGACGUGGUACUUCCAGAGGUCCUAACAAGACACGACUCCGGGCAGUACUCGAUCACGGCUUUGAGUAAACUGUCGAAUGUCAGCGUCACGAUGGAGAUCAAUGUCCUGUACGAGCCAACGCAGAUAGUUGAGCUGGAGGACUCGGAGGUUGACGUUGGAUCUGACGUGUGGCUGAUCUGCUCCUCGACGGGGAACCCACAACCACAGUAUUCAUGGGAUUUUUACCAGGCCCCCAAUGUGAUGGUGAAAAAUGACGACGGAGUGGCCCGUCUGCACAUCCGCGAUGCCAACGCCUACAACGAGGGCUCCUACACGUGUCACGCCACGAAUGAUCGAGGAAGGGUCUCUAAAACAGCCAACGUCACAGUGAAAGGUGCCGGUGGUAUGGAAUGCCCCAUCCAGAUAACUCCGGAGAGGAUGGUGGUGCAACACCAAAGCAGAGAUUCGCACCGUGCGAAUUGCACCCCAACAUCCGAAGGCUCCAUGCAUCUCAAAAGCCAAUACUGGGAGGACAAGCACGCUGGCAAAACUAAGGGCACACACUGGUCUGCUGCCCCUGAUGGGGGCUGGAACCCCGAGCCUAAAUGCAUCGCCACGUUUCACCGGAUAAGAGAAUGCUGGAAAGAGUUAAACCUCACCAUCUACAAAACACCAGACAGCGUCUCCAUCCGGGCUGAGGACAACUCGCUCUCGACGGUGGAGGGGAGAAGCUUCCAGAUGUGGUGUGACGUCUCCAACGUGGCCCCCGCGGGAAGCGUGACUGUGCGUUGGUACAGAGGAAACGAAACCUUCGAGCCAUCCAGCAGAGGCCCCCUGCGAGUGACUGACUGCCAGCCCAACAACUGUGACCCGAGCGCUGUCGCACAUCCCCAAAACGUGUCGUCCUCCAUCACCGUCACUCUGAACAGAACGGACAGCGGGGCGGAGUUCAGAUGCGAGGCUCAGUUGGAUCUCGGUCCCGAGGGGCCGCAGCCCGCUCCGAGCGCGACGUCCGGUCCUCUCAACAUCACCGUCUACUAUAAGCCCGCCAUUAACACCACGAAGCUUCCAAAGGCGAUCCCCGUGUUCAGAGGUUAUCCCGAGGAGCUGGUGUGUGAAGCCGAUGGCCUCCCGCCUCCAAAGAUCCACUGGACUUACAGCUCUCAACAAGUUCUCAACGAGUCCGAAGACACGCUCACCGUGUCCGAGGCCGGCGUUUACAACUGCACCGCCACCAAUGAGGUGGAUUCCACCUACUAUGUGGUCCAAGUGAUUUUAAAAGAGGACUACCUUCCCCUCAUAGCUGGAUUCGUGGCGGUCACAGUAGUCGCCAUCUCCAUCGUCUUCCUCUUCAUCUACUCGAUCUACUACAAGAACACCAAGAUGCGCCGUUACAGUCUUAAAAACCCCAAGCUCGACACCCCCAGUAGCAACGUAGCCCACAACGGCUGGGACAUGCAGUUUCCUAUGACCAAACUGUCUUAGCACAGGACGUCCCGGAGAAGCACUCUGAAUGAGCCGCAUCUCUCUGCCACCACGAAGCCGGACCACCGCUCUGACAUCCUCGCAUCUACCGUCCCACAUAAAAGUAUUUCACUCUAAAUGGAAUAACCUGGUUAUGAGAAUUAGCAACCUUUGCGCGAGAUGUGAGGUUUUAUAUUUACUACUGGAUUUGACCUGUUUUCACUGGACGGAAAGAAGAAGAAGAAGAGGAAGAGCUGGGACUUAAACUUGGCCGUUGAAUUGUUUUGAUGUCAUUUACAGUAAUGAGCACAAAGACAAUUGAGCUGCUGGAUUUAGUCUGAAAAUGAGCCAGCAUCUCGGCUCCUGCGGCUCUCUCAUCUCAAAGUUAAGGGUUUUCUGGUUAGAGGCCGAACGCGUGAUGUUAAGCUCCUGUUGGCCUACGCGAACCCGUCAUCCCCGCAGCACCUGGUUGUUUAUUCUUACAUUCACUUUACUUCUUUUUUUUUUUUAUAUGCUCCCUUCAUUUCACUGUAUGUCAUUAUUUUUACCCAUCAAGCAUGAGUCGAUCAUGACCGUCAAUCACGGUGACCCUGAAGCGACACUACUGUUUUCAACAGGCAGUGUGACCGAAGGUGCGCGGUGGAAUCUGUGAAAAGGGAGAGCAGCUCUGCUCACUGUGUGGACACUGUUGCUCAUUCAUGCUCGGGACAUUCGACUCGGUUACACGUUUGUUACACGUUUGUGAAUACGGCUGUAAAUAUUUGAGACUGAUGUUUGUCUGUAUUGUAAUAUUAAAAAUCGCGUUUCCAACCGA